AUGUUAUCAAUCAAAACCCUUUCAGAGACUUUUGAAGAAGAGUGUUGGUUAUCCGUUGUGUGUUGUUUACUGCUUGCCUGUAUUUUGGGGAAUUGAAUCUAUGAAGGGAAAACUUCCCAGAAUCACCCAAACACAAAAAGGCGUUUCACCAGUGUUUUGUGUGUGUCACCUGUUUCACCACCAGUUACGGCUUGCAUGAAUCCAAUGUUGGGGCCGUGCACCGGUCCCACCUCUGCCAUAUUCAUCAGUCCACAUUGGUAUCAUCUGGUGGGACCCGUGUUGUGCCACUCGUUUUGAAACCAGAUGGGGUUUCCUGCCAUUGGCUCAGUUUUACAGCACCCGCAGAGCCUGGGUAAUCUGCUCUUCCUCAUCCUCCUCUUCUCCUUCACAGAUCAUGCUUUUUAUGGCAUGACCCCCAUCUGCAGCCUGCUGCAUACACCUCGCUCUGCCUGUGCAUGA